AAUACGAAAAGAAUCUCCCCAGUUUAUCUUCUCUCUCCUGUGGACGGAGAACCAUGGCGUCGACGACUGCUACCACAGAUUUCGCGAAACCUUUCCUCUCUCCUUUCUCCCGAGGAAGUGCAAAUUUGAAUGCACGUCUCCGUAACAAGCAGAAUGUAACGUGGUCAAAUCAGCAGAAGUGUGGAAAUGGUUACCGGCCUCUUCGUGUUAAUGGAUUAUUCGGAGGUGGGAAGAAGGACAACGGUGAGAAGAGUGAUGAUGCGCCUUCGAAGGCUGGAAUUCUGGGCAAUAUGCAGAAUCUCUACGAGACUGUAAAGAAAGCCCAGAUGGUUGUCCAGGUUGAGGCGGUACGAGUUCAGAAAGAGCUAGCUGUAGCAGAGUUCGAUGGUUACUGUGAAGGCGAGCUUGUAAAGGUUACAUUAUCAGGCAACCAGCAACCGGUUCGUACUGACAUCACUGAGGCAGCCAUGGCAUUAGGUCCUGAAAAACUUUCUCUAUUGGUCACAGAAGCAUACAAGGAUGCACAUGCAAAGAGUGUCCAGGCCAUGAAAGAAAGAAUGAGUGAUCUUGCUCAGAGUUUAGGCAUGCCACCGGGCCUCAGUGAAGGAUUAAAGUAAACUACUGUUGCUCUCUCACUCGACUUCCAAGGUACAAGAGGUUCAGUUUUUUAUGUCAGGCAGACAGAAGCCUAGGGCAUGUACUCUGCUCUCGUGGAAUCAGAAAAAAAAUCAAAGCAAAUUCUUGUCCCGGGCAAUUUUAAUUUUCUGAAUAUGAUCAGGAAUAUCAACAGUUCUUGUUGUACUGGAAAUUCUCCUUGAAUACAAGAAUGAUUCCAAAUCAA